UGUCAUCAAGGUGACGUCACGUAACGGCAAUGUUGACGGAAGUGAAACAAAGAGCAACAGAAUUUCAGAAACACGUUUCUACAUUAUUCUGCUUUGCACUUUAUUACCGUUGCCUGUCACAAGUUGACAAACACUUCACCAGAGUGUGAUGUGGAGAAAAUGUAAUGUGUUAUUUAAUAAGAGUUUUCGGUUAACUAGCCCGUGCCAUGGAGCACACUUCUGACUUUGCUAACGUUAGCUCAACGCUGAGCCUGAGUUCUGCUGCCUCCAGAUUUCGCGUGCUUCUAGGUGUGACUGGUAGCGUUGCAGCACUUAAGUUACCUUUGCUGGUGUCACAACUUCUCGAAAUCCCAGGGAUCGAUGUACGGGUAGUCACCACAGACCAUGCCACCCAUUUUUACAAAGUUGCUGAGGUUCCUGUCCGUGUCUACACAGACAAGGACGAGUGGGAGAUGUGGAAAACACGCUCUGACCCUGUGCUACACAUAGAGCUGCGACGGUGGGCCGACCUGCUAGUCAUUGCUCCACUGGAUGCAAACACACUCGGCAAGAUAGCCAGUGGUAUUUGUGACAACCUUCUGACAUGCAUUGUAAGAGCAUGGGAUAUGAGUCGUCCUCUACUCUUUUGUCCUGCCAUGAACACGGCCAUGUGGCAGCAUCCAAUCACUGCCCGGCAAGUGGCCACGCUUCAGAGCUUCGGCUAUGUGGAGAUCCCCUGCAUUUCAAAGAAGCUGGUCUGUGGAGAUGAAGGCAAAGGUGCAAUGGCAGAGGUGUCAACUAUUGUGGAUGCCAUCCAACAGUAUCUUCCAAGACCAGCUGUUUAAAUCACAGCACAAAUGGAUGAACACCAAAGUUAGAAUAUAUCUUUCUAUAUAUGUAUGAAUAUAUAUAAUGAAUAAUGAGUAUUUCACUAUGAGCACCAAUCUAAAUUAAAUCUUUUUAAAUAAUUCCAUAAAUGUAGUAAAGAUAUUUUUCUUUAAUAUGUGAUGCUUGAGUUCUUCAGUUGAAAUAGGAAGUUUAACUAGAAAUUACAGAAUAAAUUACCUUUUGGAUAUUUUAAACAGACGAGUGUCAGAUUGACAGCCCCUUAUAAAAAAAUAAAUAAAUGCCAAUUGUGCAAUAAAGUAAAAAAAAUGCAGCUCUAUUAUUGUUAAAAUUGCAAAGCAUUUUGAAAUAUAUAAUUUAUUUAAAAGUCUACAACUGAGUGAUGAAAGAAAUCAUCAUAGUUUCCAUUUCUCUUGAAAUUUAUUGUGUUUCUUGGAAGUUAUUGGUCUCUCCCCCAAAAUUAUUGCCCAACUCUCUUUAGUUUCCCUGUCAUGUUCUCAAGUUCAGUGCUUGUUUUUGAUCUGUUCCAUCUCCCAACACAUCUACCAUUGUUUUACAGCCUACAGUAUCAGGUAUGUAGUGAAAUAAGAUUUAUAAAUAUGAAAUGACUGUGAGUCCUGGCUCUCUGAAUGCUUUUUAGAAUAUGGUUUCUCAUUGAUUUUUAGUAGUGUUACCUAUUCAAAUGUGGGAUUAGCUCAUGUCCUGCUUCAAUAAACUCCCUUAUCAAUCAUGAGCAAGUUAUAUAUUUGAGUGUGUAUCUAAGGCUUGAAUAGAGAAAUUAAAGCUGUGUCAUGGAGGUGUGAUAAUGUUAGCUUACUGAAGCCAGCAUUUUGUCUUCAAUUUUUUUCAUUAUUCUCCUGUUCAGGUUAAAACCAUCAAAUUUGCUGAUGGUGGAAUCAAAGUAUUCAAAUUACAGCUAGCUGAAGUUUCAUAUUGAAACUAUAUGCAAAAUCAAGUAUUUAGCUUUUGUAGUAAUCAAAUAGUAGUUUUUUUAGUAGCUACAGUACAUUGUAUCUGUUUCAUUUUUAUUUGCAUUUAUUCAUUUCUUUUUUAUCCUGGAAUCUGAUGUGUCAUUAAACUGUGGAUGAAGCUUUGAUCGAAUAA